AUGACAGUAAACAGUGUAGGAAAAAUUACAAAACAGUUUUUAAAGACUAUAAGUGGAGAGUUUGAAGUUGAAAGUAUCCAUAAUAUUAAUUUACAAAAUUUAGACAUAAAUGAUCUUGGCAGUAUCAGUGACUGUACCAACUUGGAACAAUUAGAUUUAUCAAAGAAUAACCUGAGUAAAUUACACAAGCUAGCUGGUCUAGAUCAUUUAGCUGUGUUAAAUUUAUCAGCUAAUAGAAUACAUUGUUUAGAAGGGUUACAGUCAUUAGAAGGUUUAUGUAAAUUGAAUUUAUCUGGUAACUUAAUUGGAAGCAUAGGCGAACUCGGGUGUUUAACUGGAUUAAGUAAUCUGAAAGAAUUAAGAUUAGAGGAUUAUAGAACAGGAUUAUCUAAUCCUUUGUGUCAUAAUACAAACUAUAAACAAGAUGUUAUAAAUCUAUUUCCAACAUUGGUAUCUUUAAAUGGUGAGAGAGUAUCUGGCAAGGGAAGUGAACUUUUUUUAAUGUGUCAACAAAUUGAUAAAGCAAUAGAAGAGUCUACUAAUAAAGCUAUAAGUAAUAAUAACAGUAUUCUACCUACACCAUGGGUUGAUGAUAAUUAUUGGACAUUAGAUACCUCCAGUUUUGAUAAUUCUAAUCUACAUGAUGCUGAACAACAAUUAGAAGAUCUGUUAAAAAGUUGUAAGAAAUUAAGUGAAGAUGCUGCUCACAAACUACAAGAAGCAAUGUUAACUUCCUGAUAGUGUGUUUAAUAUGUGAAAUAUAAACUUUUAAUGCUAGUGAAAUAACCUUUUCAUGAUGUGACAGAAAAUAUCAAUUUCCUGUUUGAUAUCAGACAAAUAAACUGAGAUUAACUUGAGAAUGAGGUAUUAAAGUUCAUGUGGAAGUGAUGUGAUACAGAUGAAUACAAGUGUAAUAAUUGUUUUCCUUAUGCAAGGCUUUCAGUCAUUUCAUGUGAAGAAUUAUACAAAUUUUUUUAUCGUUAACCAAUGUUGAAAUGUUUAUAUUGCAAAAUGAAAUGUGUGACUGU